UGCGAUUCAUUGCAUUCAACCACAAUGGAUACCACAGAAGAGGCGAUGUUCCGUAAGUAUGAUUUACUGCCACUUGAUAGCAGUGCCCUAUGGUGUCUAUCUCUGACUUUGGUACUAACCGUCAGGCUCUGCGGAAAUGUCGUUGAUCCAGCUCUAUGUCGCCAGCGAAAUCUCCCGCGACGUCGUGUCGGUAUUAGGGGAGCUCGGAACGGUCCAGUUUCGCGACUUAAAUGAGGGCAUUAGCUCGUUCCAGCGGUCGUUUGUUAAAGAGGUGAGACAGCUCGAUAUGCUCGAGAGACAGUUGCGCACGUUGGAGGACAUCAUAGAGAGCCACCCCGAGGUGCACGUAACGCGGACACACGUGACAGCGCUCAUCCAGUCAAACAUGUAUAAUAAGGCACCGGUCGCGGCGGAAAUGGAGGACUUGAUGCAGAGCAUCGCGGGUAUCGAGGCGCGCGUCGUAAACUUGCAGCGUGCGCGCGACGGUCUUGCGCAGCACCGUGCCGACUUGGUGCAGAACCGCUACGCCAUCAGCAUCUGCGAUGCAUUUUUCCGCGGUCCAAGUGCUAACCCUAUCCGCGUUUCCAUAGAAAGGAGCGGGUUGCUCGACCUGGAAUUUGACAUCGAGACUCAGGAGGUGAAUGUCCUGGGAUUCGACCAGGCAUUAGAUGCGCGCACCCAGGAGACGCCCCUGACUACAUACGAGCCGCAAUUGCGCUUGAACUUCAUCACGGGGAUCAUUGACCGCGCAAAGCUCCCCCUUUUGACAAAGAUCUUGUGGCGGACCCUUCGCGGGAACUUGGUCAUGGACAGCCAGCCUGUCGACGCGUUAUUACCAGACAAGAACGGUGUUCCCACGGCCAAAGACGUGUUUAUGGUUUUUGUGCAAGGUGAGAUGUUUAAGGCGAAGGUGCGCAAGAUCAUCGAGUCCUUGGAAGGGGUCAUCUACCACGUCGACCAAAGCCAGCCGGAGCGUGUGGCAGCCUUGGAGGGGCUCAACGCGCGGCUCAUGGAGGUGGAGCACGUUCUUGACGGGACCGAGGUGCACUUGGGAGCAGAGUUGGCGUACGUCGCGGAACACAUCGAGCUGUGGGCAAUAACGGCAAAGAUGGAGAAGUCGCUUUUUGUGGUGCUUAACAAGUGCGACUACGACCCGACGCGCCGGUGUCUCAUUGCAGAGGGGUGGAUCCCGCGUGAUCAGUUGGGCGGUGUCAAAAGCGCCUUGCGUGACGUGACGGAGCGUUCCGGCACCAACAUCACAUCUGUCGUCAACGAGUUGCAGACAAACCGCACGCCGCCGACGUUCCACCGCACAAAUAAGUUCACCGCUGCAUUCCAGUCCAUCAUCGAUGCAUACGGCAUUGCAACGUACCAGGAGGUGAAUCCUGGGCUCGCGACCAUCGUCACCUUUCCGUUCAUGUUUGCUAUCAUGUUUGGUGACCUUGGACACGGUUUUAUUGUCUUCCUUAUGGCGCUCUACCUCAUUCUUAAUGAAAAAUCGCUUGCGGUAUUUGACGGUGGCGAGAUUUUCGACAUGGCGUUCAGCGGCCGCUACAUUGUGCUCUUGAUGGGAGCGUUCUCGAUGUACACGGGGCUCUUGUACAACGACAUCUUCUCCAAGUCAAUGACAUUGUUUCGGUCGGGCUGGGUGUGGCCUGAAAAGUUUGCUGCGGGCGAUACCAUCCUGGCGAGCUUCAAGGGAACUUACUGGUUCGGCUUGGACUAUGCCUGGCACGGCUCCGAAAACAACCUCUUGUUCAGCAACUCGUACAAGAUGAAGUUGUCCAUCCUUAUGGGCUUCGUGCACAUGUCUUACUCAUUGUACUUCUCGUUGGUUAACUACCGGCGCCGCAAGUCGCGUGUUGAUAUUAUCGGCAAUUUUAUCCCGAGCGUGUUGUUUAUGCAGAGUAUUUUCGGCUACUUGGCCCUCACAAUCGUGUACAAGUGGACGGUCGACUGGCCGGCCGUGAACAAGCAACCCCCCGGUUUAUUAAACAUGUUGAUCGGCAUGUUCUUGUCGCCUGGGAGCGUUAACGAACAGUUAUACCGCGGCCAGGCAGUGGUUCAGGUCGGUUUGGUCGCUAUCGCGUUUUUGUGUGUCCCGUGGCUCUUGCUUUACAAGCCAAUGACAAUUCGUAAUGAGAUGAAUAAGGCGAUUUCCCAGGGUUACGCCAGUAUUGAGGAUAGACUCCACCAGGACAGCUUUAUCAUCUCGGACACAGAGUCAACCGAGGACUUUGUCAUCCAGGACGUCGUUGAGCCCCACGACACCCACUCUUUUGGCGACAUCAUAAUCCAUCAAGUUAUCCACACGAUUGAGUUCUGCCUUAAUUGUGUGUCGCAUACGGCGUCGUACUUGCGCUUAUGGGCGUUGUCGUUGGCGCACGCGCAGCUCUCGUCUGUGUUGUGGACCAUGACGAUCCAGAACGCUUUUGGUGCCACCGGCAAGAAGGGUAUUGCCAUGGUGUUCUUCCUUUUUGCCUUAUGGUUUGUGUUGACUGUGUGUAUCUUGGUGCUUAUGGAGGGAACCUCGGCGAUGCUCCACUCUUUACGUCUCCACUGGGUCGAGGCGAUGUCGAAGUUCUUUGAGGGUGAGGGCUAUGCCUACGAGCCUUUUGCCUUCAAGACUGUGUUGACUGAGAAGGAGAUGUGAUGCAUAGAGGGAGGUUUGAUGUAUAUAAGGUUCAAAUGGUCAGCUGUGGUGGAUUCUCAUGCCCAGAAACAAAUCUGAAUUCCUGGUUGAUCAGUUUUUUUUGAAACUUAACGGAUGUUGAUACAGCCGUGGUGUAGAUGGAAAGUCGGCAACACACCAUGGCAGG